GUCGGGUUAUUUUGGGGGUCAGCUGUCGUUGGUCCUGUCAGCAGGACCCUCCUCCCCCUCCUCACCCCUCCACCUCUCUCUUUCCUCUGCCUCUCUCUGUCACUUCUUCACUGCUGAUCCUGGUAAGACUCUUUUAGCCUCUCAAAACUCACAUUUCCUUUGGGAAAUCUGUCUUUAUUUCAAUGUAAAAACAAACCUUUCAGGUGUGAUUCUUGGACACGUGAGCUUUUCCUUUCUUCAGGUUGAAAGAUAUGAGUCUUUAUCUCAGUCUUAAUUGUCCUCAUGUGUUAAAUCUUGUACCAUUUUAGGUUUAAAAUCACUUAAAUGUGUUCAGCUGUGCGAUAUUUAAGUUUUUAGUGUAACAGAGGAAAUCUAACAUACACUGCGGUCUGUAAUGGCAGCCAUGAAAAGGAGAGUUGCUUUGUCACUGUUGGCGUGUAGGUCUGAGAAUAUGCUGUGAAGUCACUCUGAAAUGACGUAUUUAGGAUUAUUUUUAAACUUUAAAUCGGACAAAGUUCAGUCCGAAUAAUGAUUAAAAAUGUUUAUAAUCCACAUUUCUCUGAAUCUGAUUAUAUUUAAAGGUUUCAAACUGUUUUAGUUGAAGUUUGAGUUAUUUAUUGGUUAUGAAAAGCUAAUUUUCUUGCUUUUAUUUCGAGUCUUCAACUAUUCCACAGAGAUAGAGUUUGUGACGUUUCUGGUGCUGUUUUGCUGCUAAUCAUAACAGCUUAUAGUUACAGAAGUCACAUGAAUGUUUAGGUAGAACAAGCAGCAGAAACAUUUACUUUUUUUACUUUUUCACUGUUGACAGUCUACUUUUCUGCAUCAUUCAGGUUGUUUCAUCUGGAAAAUAGAGUUUGAUGGACUAUGGUUAAUGAAAUUUCUAAUUCUUAUGUAUCUGUCUAAAAUGUGUACCAGCCAUUUUUUUCAUUAACUGAGGAAAAAAAUUUGAUCUUCGAAAUCUUUGAAAAUCACGAACAUUGGAUUUCUCUCCAAACGUUCUUGCUCACUUUUCAGUAAAUUUUCAUAAUCUUCAUGUUAACAUGUGAUUUCAGGUUGUUUGUUUAUUUCAAUGUGACUGUAAUGUUGGAGGCGGGGCUGUAAAUAGUUGCAUAACUAGGUGGGUGGAGCCUGAUAUGCUUCAGGAGGUCUUGGAAGCAGUUUUUUUUUCAUAUGUGGGGGUAGGUGUGCCAUCAAGAAUGUAAACUGACAGAUUAACGCAGAACAAACAACAUGUUUUGUUGCAUAUACUUGUGUGAGCAGAGGGUAUACGGCAUUUUGACCAUAUUUGGAGACUCUCAGGAUAGAUUAGACUAAAACAGGUGUGUUCUUAAAUGUGUCUGUGUGUGUGUGGUUGUUUGUGUGUGUGCAUGUAUGACAGAAGGGGAAGCUGCCUGGAUUAGACGGCUAAUUUUAACUCACCAGAUACACAAUCUGUGGCAGCCGUCAUGUUGCAACAUAACUGUGGGGACAAACAGCCAAUGAGCACACUGGACAUGUUCCUCCACAACAUACAAAGAGAACUUUAAACUGAAAAAGAUUACAUUUUAUGGAAAACAUGUGCUUACCGUGAUUCCAUGCCAACAACUCAUCUCAAUAAAGUUGAUUCAGGUUCGUAUAUCCUGAACUCUUCUUACACCAACACCCUGUAGACCACAGGUGUCAAACUCAAGGCCCGUGGGCCAAAUCUGGCCCGUGGAACAAUUAUAUUUGGCCCAUAAGAUCAUAUCAUAUUUGUAUUAUUAUUGGCCCACCAGUAUGAAGUCUGCAGAUUUCCUCCAGUAUAAUAAUGUAAAUUUUAGCACCAUCAUUUAAAAUGUCCUUGAUAAGACACAAAAAUCUGGGAAAUUAAAGAGUAUGGAAGGAAUUUUUAAUUUCAUGCUUUGAUUUUGUUCAACUCAGCAUUUAGACUUGUUUAAUUUUUAUACUUUAGAUUCUAAUUUUAAAUUUUAAGUCAUAUUUUAACCUUUUAAACCUGAUUUCAAUGUUCUCUCGUGUAUUUGCUCUUUCAUUUCAUUGUUUUUCCAUUUUUUAUCAUGCUCUGAUCUUUUGAACUAAUAAAUAAAAAUAGAAUAAAAAAUGUAAAUGUUUCUAUCUCAGAUUUCCUUUAAACUUAUCUUUUUAUCUCUUUUGAAUUUACAAAUGAUUUAUAAUCAUUGCUGUUUUUGUUCCAUAUUUUUUGAAAGGUAGGGUUGACAGUUUUGGUGAAAUGUUGACCCUCUUUAGCCCUCAGGUUAGACCUAAAUCCAGAUUAUGGCCCUUGCUGUGGUUGAGUUUGACACCCCUGCUGUAGACCCUAGCAGACCAGGUUCUGGAGUCUGAAAGUGAAAUGCUAAACAGCUCAGGGUCUCCUUUGUCCUAUUUUUGGUGUUAUGAUGCUCCAAAUGUUUUCAAUGGGGGACAAAUCAGGACUGCAGGCAGACCAGUUUAGCAGCAGGACUCUUCUACUACAGAGUCAUGCUGUUGUGGUUUGUCAUUGGGAUGCUGGUUUUGAACUAUGAGCUGAUACCAAGCCAUGCGGACCCUCUUCUGUUUGGAGAGGAGGAUGUAGGGUCCAUGAUUUUCAAAAAGACUGUGAGAGUUUAUGGAGGUCUUUGCUCUCUAUAAAUGAGUCUAAACUGAGUAUGAGAUACUGUGUAUCGAUCUCCACAAGCAAAGAAAAAUGGCUAUUUAAACUUCCCUUAAAUGAUCUUUCCCUCUCCACAAAAACUCAGAAGGUUGAGGAUGGAGGCGUCGGUGAAAACAGCGAAGGUGCUGGUGCCCCCACAGCCUGCUGAAAACCCUGACGGUGAGGAGGCAGCUGCUGCCUGUGCCUCCCUUCCCUCCCCCACCACCUCCUCCUUCUCAGAGUUCGCUGACCCCAUGGAGGAGUUCAGCCGGCAGCUGGAGGACAUCAUCAGCACAUACAGCUCGACCACCAGCAUCCUGGACAAACAGGUGAGUCAGGUGACCUCAGAUUGAGGGACAAAAACUGCUGCUGACACACGAGGGUAAAGUUUGGAUGUUUCUGACUGUUUCAGAGUGCGGUGGAGGCAGAGAUGGAGAAGAUGAAGAAGGAGGCUAAAGAAGACAUCGCAGCUGCCAUAGAGUCAGGUAAGAAUGAAAAAUUAUUCUUCAAAAUCAAGUCUCUUUAAACAGUAGUCAUGUUCAGCAAUUACAACGUCUCAUUUCCAUUUCUCAGAGGCGUCUCUCAUCAAGCAGAAACUGAACAAGCUCUCCUCCUCUGAGAAGAAACUGGAAGAUCUAGUCAGAAAAUAUGCUGAGCUGGUACGAUGUUGUAAAAUUGAUACCUACUUUUUUUCUCCUGUUUUUGUUUAUAGUGAACAAAACACUUCAAACCAACUGUGCUCCGACUUUUAAACACAAUCUGGCUUUAACUGCCUAAAACCAGCAGAAAAGACUAGACUAUUUUAAAAUGUGCAUUUGUGUGUGUGUGCAGGCGGCUCAGCGGCGUGCAGACGAGAAGAAGUUGAGUGUGCUGCAGCAGAGUUUUUCUCUCCUGCUGGACGAGCGGCAGCAGCUGCAGGCCGAGAGCCGGAGCAGCGUCACGGCUCGCAGCAAACUGGAGGGUCUGUGCAGAGAGCUGCAGGGACACUACAGCAGGCUGAGGGUAUGUGUGUAUGAGGGUGCAGCAGGGGGCGCUAUGGCUCUCUGUCAACUGCAGCAUGUCUACAUUCUUAAUAAUGCAUUUCUUUAUCCUGCCUGUCUGUCUCUCUCCUCAGGAUCAGACCCUGAGGCGCUGCAGAGAGGAUGAGGAGAAAAGGAAUGAGAUGACAGGACACUUCCAGACCAUGCUGACUGAAAUCCAGGCCCAGAUCGAGCAGCACAGCAACAGGAACGACAAACUGUGCCGAGAAAACACCAUUUUGACGGAGAAGCUUGAGGGUCUGAUGAACCAGUGCGAGAUGAGGGAGGAGGUGAGAGGGGGCAGAGGUCAAAGGUCAAACACAACUUCAAUUUACCUUCUCAAAGGGAUAUUCCAGCGUAAAAAUAACUUAAGGUCAAACACACUGUAACACUGAGUUCGACAUCCUGUCGAGAGAUGAAUGUUGCCGACUGCUUGCUUCUCUAAUUACACCAACUUUAUUAAUGACAGCAUGAUAGCAACACAGAGAGCCAUGCACUCAACCAAAACGCCACUCUAUAGCUAUAAAUAAUGCUCAGAACAGCACCUAACUUCAUCAACAGUACAUAUAGGGUCCCAGCCACAGCACUACCCACCAAACAUCUUUUUAGCUUUGCCUAAUUUCUUAAGCUAAGAGACUAAACACAACUCACCUACUCUCUUCCAGCAGCCGCUUGUUUGUAGCAAGACCUCCGGGCGAGUCCAUUACCGCAGCAGGGUGACGCAGCUCAAGGAAGAACAUUUAUGAUAAUUUCUUCAUGGAAAUCCAAUCAGAACGAGACGCUAAGGCAGAAGAACUGCUGCAUCUGCAGUGCAAAAUGAUAAAUAUGAUGAUUGCUACUUCGAGGAAAUGAAAAGAAACGAUCAUAAAUGUUGAGCCGUGUCACCUCGCUGCAGUCGAUGGAUUUGCGCGGAGGUAUCCGUACAAACGAGCGGCUGCUGAAAGACAGAGUGUGAGUUGUGUAAAACAAGAAAUCAGGCAAUGCUAAAAAGAUUUUUGGUGGCUAGUGCUAUGGCUAGGACCCUAUAUGUACUGUUGAUGAAGUUAGGUGCUGUUCUGAGCAUUAUUUGUGGCUAUAGAGUGGCGUUUUGGUUGAGCGCAUGGCUCUCUGUAUUGCUAUCUGCGGUUAUUACUAAAGUUGGUAUAACUAGAGUAACAAGCGGUCGUGUAACUCGGUGUUACGAUGUGUCUGACCCUAAUUUAUUUUUCAGCCAGAAUAUCCCUUUAAUGAUGAAAAAACAUCCUGAUUAUUGUCUCAAAGGUCCCAUGGCAUGCCAAUUUCACACAAUUUAAAAUAGUCCCCUGAUGUGUUAAAAGCAUGUCUGUGACGUCCUUCGGUCAAAAGUCAAUUUGGAUCAAUUAUUUUAGUGCUCUUUUUAUCAGCUAAAACCAGCUCCGCUCAAAAUCCUCCGUUUCGGGCCAUGUCUCUUUCAUGAAAUGAGCUGCACCUAAGCCACAUCCACUUUAUACCCAUCUCUCUGGAAGGGGCUGUGGCUGUGCUCCGAUAGCCAUGCGCUAAUGUUUACACUGGCUCGGUCAUGGCUGCAAGAAGAUCGCUCAUACAUCCUACCAGUUUGAGCUAGAGUCUGACCCAGAGGGUGAGGCUCCGGAAGAAACUCUCAGCUGCGUUCAGACCAAACGCGACUUGAAGCGACCUAGUCGACACAUCCUAUGUAUUAUUCAAAGCCGCCAGGAGGGUCACGCUUAGCCGGUACGUCCCGUAUUUGAGCCAAAAGAGGCGCGUCGCCGCACGGGUAAAUGCUAAAGCUACAUGCUGCUCCGGAGGGGGGUUUUGUCCCCCGCCGAAGGAGUUGUCGGGGAAGAAGCGAGCGGCUAAAAUACGGGAGGAUCCGGUAAACCGGUACGGAUCCGGUGUGUUUAUCAAAGCGUGGUGGCCGUGCUGAGGCACGGGGGGAAUUUAGUCUAAACAGUAAGUCAAAAUAAAACGUUCAUACUUACAGAUGCCACGUUUGUAGUAGGAUCACGGAUAGUUGGUACGGAUCCAUUCUUUAUCUUCAGAUAUCUAGCAAAUCCAGCGUUGAACUGUCCCUCGUUGAUAAAACAGUCCAAAGUGAAAUGGUGCGCACAUACGUACAGAUAGUUUGGAAGUGCCGCGGGCACAUUCCCAUCAUAAAUAAAAUCCACCCAUUGAGUCCUCAGAUCCUCCGACGAGGGAGUUUUCAAAAGAGUUUUGUGCUCGUUUGUGCAGCCAACAACAGAGCAAACGCUGCCUCUUUUUCAGAUUGUACUUUCGCCAUGGUUCUAACCGGAGCUAUGCGAGCGAGCGGCCGGGAAUAAUGGCGGCGUUAAGAUGAUUUUUUUGGGCAGGUCAGUGGGCGGCUCCAUGGGCAGUACCAUCAACCCGCCAGCACUGACAUGACGUCAUGUCAGUGGAGUUUUCAGAACGGCUCUGAGCACAAAGUUCCUAAAUACGGAGAUAACUAAAAAACGACUGGAUGGAAUUUUUUCGAACUUGGGGGGGUUGUAGCGGUUUUCUAUCCCUGAUAUGCACCCCCACCCCCCCCACCCCCCCCCCGUUAACAAAGUCAGUUUUUCAUACCAUGGCCCCUUUAAAAAUACUUAUAAAAAGAGAUUCAUGUUUUUGUCUCCUGUUAAAAGCCUUGUACAAAUAAAGUGAAAAAUGAGGUCAUUUCAAUAGUCAGUCUUCCUGAGAAGUUGUGCACAAAAUGGCCAUAACUGAAUUGAAAACAAUCAUCAGAUUAUUCCAACUCUUGUUGUUUUCGCUGCAGAGUUUGGAGAAGAUCAACGAGCGCCGUGACCUGCAGCACAAACUGACUGAAGCAAAACUGCAGCAGGCCAACGCUCUGCUGACCGAGGCCGAGGAGAAACACAAGAGAGAGAAAGAAUAUGUAAGUGUGGAGCCAGUGAAAACACUGACGAAAAACAAACUUUUUACAAACUAUAACACUGCAGUGUUUACAGUUUGCUCUCAAAGUUGGGACUAACAUGAACUCUGAGAGGUCAACAAAUAUUUCUUGUGUCAUUAACCCACAAAUACUCGGCUCAGGGACUUCUUGAAGAUAACAGGGAUGACAGGUAGAGUUGUAAAAACCUGUACUCUGGAUUCAAUAAUCCACGAACACAGUUCAUAUCAGCACAGCUCUCUGAUUUGCGAACUGCAGAAAAAGUUAAAAAAAAAAAAAAACUCAAAACAAGGAGUGUACUAUUUCUGAACGUCAAAGUUUAAGUAGAAAUCAUAUAAAUAUGAAUCAAAUGUGAAAAGAUUAAUGCAUCACUUAGUACGGCAUAAAAAUGACCCCUAAUACAAAAUACCUUGAACUUGAUUGUACGAUUCCAUCACCAUGGAAACAGUUUGUCUAAUUACACCUACAGUCCACAAAUCUUUCAGCCUGGCGGGGCCAUCCUGUUGUGUGAAUCACUUGCUGUUCCUUCCCACAACAGUCUGGACUUCGGCCCAUUGGGGGCGUGUAUUAGCGAUCAGAAAAUAACCGGGCCAAUCAGAGACCAUGUUUCCACUGUUACCCGGACAACAGGGGAAAGGCAGCCCCUGAUUGGUCCAUGUGUAGAUGGUGACGUCUAACACAUGAUCAGGGACCAAUCAGGGGCUGCCUUUCCCCGGUCUCUGAUUGGCCCGGUUAUUUUCUGAUCGCUAAUACACGCUCCCAAUGGGCCGAAAUCCAGACUGUUGUGGGAAGGAACGGCAAGUGAUUCACGCAGCAGGGUGGCCCAGCAAGGCUAUUUAAGAAUCCCCUCUUACAAUAUUAGUGGCUGCUGACUACAAAACUGUGCCCUCUUUUUUACUUGGCUCACAGUUUACGAAUCUUUAUUCAAUUUCUAAUCAAUUUUGCUAUAGUGUUCAAAUCUUUAUCAAAAUUUUAUAUAUCUGUGUCUACUUUGUCGAAUCUUCACCACUUUUUUUUUAUCCUUGUCCCCUCAAAUCUUUGCUGAAAACUGUUCCAACUUUUUCUGAAUUUUGGUGCACAGUUUAUGAACCCUAGACCACUUUAUAGAAAUCUUGAGUGCUGGUAUUUCUGAUACAAGUUUUCAGUCAUGUGAUCUUUAAUUGUCGGUUGUAUGUGACAUUUGUUUGUGUUUUGUUGUGUUUAAUAAGUGUGUCUUAAAUCUAACUGUCAGUAGAUCUCAUGGAAAGUACUCAAAAACCUUUAACAAGCCCAUCCAUACUCAUAACUAACAGUAAUCUGAUCAUUUAUUCAAUAUUUUCAUCAUUACGUUGAAUAUAUCAGUAAUGUGUAAUGUGUGAAUGCCCCUCAGAUUGACUGUGUGUUGUCUCUGUCGCCGUAGUUGCUUAGGGAGGCUAUUGACAAAACAAAGAAAUGCUUCGCUAUGAAGGAGCAGGAGCUGACCAUGAAGAAGAAGGUAAAGAGCCGUCUGUAAUGUGUCUCUGUCUGUUCUCUUCUAACCAGUUACUGGUUCAGGCUGCUGAGUGGAAACUGCAGGCUCAGACAUACAGAGAGCAGGGGACUGUCAUGCAAGCGCAGGUGAAUAUUCACAGAAGAAACUAACACGCUAAAAAACGAGGACAGGUAGAGGUAGCACACACCUGGAGGCAGCAGCAGGGACACUGAGGGCAUGAAACCAGGCCGAGCAAAUCAAGCCUGUAAGCCUGAUCCUUCUGAAAAUACUGCAAAGAAAACAGGGGCUGACACUGUACAACAAGGCACAAGUGUAACCAAAUAUGGAAACUCUCAAAUUGUAUGAGCAGUUGUUGACAUAAUUUAUGCAUUAUAUUAGAUGUUAUAUCGAAUAAUCCUUCUCAAACAUAUUUUACUCUCUUGAACUAGCAGAUAAUUAUCUAAAAACAGUGGAUUAACCUUUUAAAAUAAAUAAAGCAUGUACAACAAAACUGUCAGUCAGGAAGAGCAAAAACACCAUAUUCAAGGCUGACCAUUCACAGAGGAACAGGCCACCCAUGUGUAAAUUUACUUUUUCAUACUGCAUAUAAAAAGUCAUCAACGCUUCUUUAUCAUUUUUUCUGUAUGUAAAAAUUAACUGUUUUAAAAAUACAUUAUUGAGGUUGUCAUGCUUUGAUUGAAUGUUAAGGGUUGUAAACGGCUCAUUUUGUGAGCGUGAAUGAUGAACAGCCUUUAGCAGUGCGCAUACAUCAUAAUUAAGGUUUGUUGAAAGUUGUAAUCAAUCAGUUAGUCGACCAGUCAUGAUACAAAAACUGAUAUUACUGAAGAUUAAGAGCAAAACUCAGAUUCUGAUUUUUCCAUUUUAAAUAAGAACAAAUAACCAUAAACUAAAAGGUCAUAAAUUUAGUUUUGUCUUUUAAUUUCACUGUAAAACUUUAGAUUUAUUUGAAUUAGACCCCCUGAAAGAGAUUCAGCUACAAAAAAAAAGGGAUUUUAGUGAACUCACUUACUCUCCACUGCUCCUCUUAAAUGAUCACAGGUAUCUGUUUAGAUUGACUUGUUUUAAUCAUGCUGUGUGAUGCAAAUAUUUCUGUAAACGUCCUAGUGAGAUCUGAGUCUGACUCCUCUUUUUGUUGGUCCACAGCUGGCCCUCUAUGCUCAGAAGUUUGAUGAGUUUCAGGACACUCUGGCCAAAAGCAACGAAAUCUACGUCCGCUUCAAGAAGGAGAUGGAUAAUGUAGGUGUUGACAGCUCUCACUGAUGAUUUAAACAACAAUGAAUCAGCUUAACCCUCCUCCUGUGUUAGGGUCUGUACCGACCCCUUUUUGAUUUUAAAUGCUUAAAAGAACCACAGAAAUUAGCUUUUUCGCGUUAAGACUUUUUGACUUUGUCAGGAACCUCUAUUUCAACAAAAUGAAAAAAAUAAUAAAUAAAUUGACUAAAUUGUAAGAUGCUCUUAUUAAAAUUAUGGCACUUGUCGUGUUAGGGUCGCUGUUGACCCAGUUAGAUUAAUAUCAAAUAAUUAGAUAAAAAAACUGAAACCAUAAAUGCACUGACAGGCACCACACUGACAGUCAGAUCCUUUUACAAUCAUGUGAGAUUUAGGAAUUUCUCAUUUUGCCUGGUUUUUCCCUGCACAAACAACUACGUCAGGCAUGUCCAGACAUGUGAAAUCAAUUCCGUAUAGAUGUCUGUGUGAGGGGUAUACUGACAAAGAAAGGCCCAGAGGCCCACUACAAAAAAUAUUACAAGCAAUAUUUUACCUAGAGAUGAGAACCAAACUGAAUGAUAGAGAAUUGUUUUUAGUGUAAUUUACAGCUGAUUUAAAACACAGGUCAAAACCGACCCUUAACAUGGUGGGUGUGUAGUCAAAGCUAACACAGGAGGAAGGUUAAUCUAAAUGUUACAGGGUUUUUUUUAAGCUUUAUUAUAAACCAAGUCUUCUGGCGUUACCAGGAGGUUUAUGGUUUUCACUUCGGGUCCUUUUAGCAAAGCAACCCUGCAGUUUCAAACUCUCCUUGUUUCAGAUGUCAGACAAGAUGAAGAAAAUGGAUAAAGAGUCAAAUCUGUGGAAGACGAGGUUCGAGAACUGCAACAAGGCUCUGACAGACAUGAUUGAGGAGGUAUGCUGUCACUGUUUCUCAUAGGUAUAAAAACCUCCAUGAAGGUCUUAUCAGGUCCCGAUAAAAUGAGCAGUCAUUACAUCAGUCAGGAUUUGAUAAGCCUCUGUAGAGCUUCAGAAUUAGACAAUCCGAUUUGCAGAUUGUUGGCUGCUGAGCUGCCAUAUUUUAUUAUCAAGUAUUGCAUAAUAUUGUAUCUUGGCAUAUCAUAUCAUCUUGCUUUUAUUCGAAUAAUAGUGCAACAUGCGGAUUUGUAUCGUGUCGUAUUGUAAUAUACUCCAUCACAGUACUGUAUCUCGUUGUACUGAAUCACAUCCUGUCACUUCAUUUUGUGUUUUAUCUCACUGUGGUGUAUCACAUUGCGUAGUUUUCUAUCUCAUUAAACUAAAUUGAAUUGUAAAUGUACUUACAAACCUAAUAUUUGAACUUUAUCAUCAAUAAUUACUUUAGGAAACCAAAUCAAAUUUUGUAUCUCAGUGUGUUAGAGUGGUUUGUUUAAAGUGUACCAAAGGUAAAACACUUGAAUCACAUCUUAUGACUUCUUUAUGUAAGAAUAAAACUGCUGCAGAGUUUAUAACUUUCAAGAACUUCUAUAUUUUCAUGUUCAGUAUGUCUCACUGUAUUUGUUUCUGAUUCUCGUUGUGUUUCAUCCGUCUGUCCCAGAGAGCUGAGAAAAACAAAGAGUACGAACUUUUUGUCCUGAAGAUCCAGAAGUUGGAGAAGUUGUGCCGGGCCCUACAAGAGGAGAGGGUGGUCCUCUACGACAAGAUCAAGGAAGUCCGCAUAUCUAACGCCAAUCUUCCAUCAAAAAUCUUCAGCAGCUCCAACAAAGAUGAAACCCCAGACACUGAGAGUGCUAAAUCUGCCCUGCUGACCCCUGAUAUGAUCCAGGAGUUGGAGCAGAUCCAGCAGGAGGACCCAGUGCUAACGGAGAACAUGACCCGUCUGAGAGAAGAGCAGGCCAAGCUCACAGAGUUUGCAGCCUCCCUUUUGGCUACACCCAGCAAUGAUGAGGAAGGGGUCACCGAAGAUGUAGACCCUGAAGAAGACGUGGUGUCUUCUGCAUUCAAACAGUUUAAAACCAAAACUCAAGUCACAGAGGAGGCAGUCUCUGCUCCCAAACAGGUGGUAGAGGAAAAAUCAGAUACAGCUGAGAAGGUCCCACAGCCUGUGGUGGAAAAACCAGAAGCCCCAGCACCUGUGGAGGACACCCCUGAGAUGACCCCAACCAACACAAAACCAGAAGUAGAGAAUUUUCAAACCCAGAUCAACAACAAAGAGGAGAAAACAGUAAAACCAGAUCAACAAAAACCAGCUGAGACAGCACCAACACCAAAGCCCGAAAAAGUCAAGACCAGUCCACCAGCAGACACAAAGUCAGAAGCAGAAAAAGUCCAGACUCAGAUCGACAACAAAGAGGAGAAACCAGUUAAACCAGAUCAACAAGAACCAUCUGAGCUGGUGUCAUCUGAAAAAGUCAAGACCAGUCCGCCAACGGGCACAAAACCAGAGGUGACAGAGGCUGAGAUCAAACCAGUGGUCCCAGUGGAAGACCAGAAGGUCCAGCCUAAACCAGUGCAGGCACCAGAGGAAGCACCAACCAAGUCAGACUCAGCUCCACCCUCUAAAAACACACCUAAAGCUUCUGCUCCCUCCAAUGCCGAGUCUUCCAAGAAGCAAAUGCCAAAGAAGAAGAAGAAGAGGAACGCCAAAACUGCAAGCUAAAGCUUGGGUUAUGCAGGGUUGUGUGUGUGUGGGGGGGAGGGAGUUGAAUAACUUGGAAAUAGUGAGUGUGUUCAGGUGCUUUUUCACCUUUAUAAACAUUAAGUUCUUUGGUUUGUUCCUCUGGUGCAGCUUCAGCGUUGUCACAAUCAUUUCCUGAGAUUUAACGCAACCAGAUGAGGACAGACAUAAAACUGACUGUAUUUAACAGUUUGAACGUGAACUUUUGGUUUUGGCAUGUUAUGGGGAAUCAGACACCUUGACAAGAGUUAACACAAUUUUUUCUGUCAGAAAAGUUGAGUGUUGACAAAAGUUCAGUGGUUUCCUGAUGUGAUGUGAAAAAAAAAAGCUUUAAACAAACUUUUUGUUGGUGUCUACACCAGUGAAGUUCACAUAAACUUUAAAUCACAAUGCAAGUUGAAUAAAGUGAUUGUUUUUCACUA